AUGCGUUUCUCUACCGUGUUAUUGGGUUCCGAGGCGCUGACAUUGAUCAAAGCAUCGGGUCUCGCCAAGGGCCAUUCAUCACUAUUCAAAUCGAAUCGCCCGACAAUCACCAGCACCGUCACUAUACUCGAGACUGCAGUGUCGAAUUGCCCUGCUCCCACUUUUACGUUUUGUCCUGAUGACGAACUGAACCCUUUCAAUAUUGGCUCGAGCACAAGUGUCCGCACUAUAUCGGAAACGCCCUCCACAGUUGUCUACAACGUGUCGAAUACUGUCGUAGUGACGACCACCAUAACCGACACAGCAACCAUCUGUUACCUCCCGGAGCUUACGAGCGUCACGCCGCAGACUGAUGGUGUCUUGAAUACUGAACUUGGCGAACUUGGCCAACCAACUGAACAGCCUCUGCUAACUAACGCUAUCCCUACCCGGUCAUCUCUACCAACCUUUGCAAGCACUCUGUCUGGAACCACUGCAAAGACUACCCCGGAAUCUGGAUCGUCCAGCUUCGAUUCUGGAUCGUCCAACUUCGAUUCUGAAUCGUCCAACUUCGAUUCUGGAUCGUCCAAUUCUGAUUUCGAAUCGUCCAAUUCCGAUUCUGGAUCGUCCAAUUCCGAUUCUGCAAAGUCCAGUUUCAGCUCUGAAGCACCCUUUCCCAUUGGCAACUCGUCCCUCCCCACUGGUACAGGAUCCGUGACAGGCAUUAGCGGAAGUCAACUUCGACCUACAGGUUCAAUGAGAUCUACAGGUUCAGUGAGACCUACAGGUUCAGUGAGACCUACAGGUUCAGUGAGCUCCGUUAGCGAAAAGGCGACCAUGUCGGCCUCGGUCAGCCUCAACACAACUAGUUCAAUUGCAAGCUCGACAUCUAUUCAGAGCGCAAAUGCCACAAAGGAGGAAACAAAUACACCAGUCAUAGCGCCGGGCAACAUUUUUGCCGUUGCCAUUGACACCAAGCCACUGCCAGUCCAGUUUUCUUCUCGGGCUGAUCAUCCCGUUCCCCGUAUCGGUGUUCAGACCAAGGGGCCGCUUCAGACCAACAAGUUCUACUCCAACAUGUUCCUUGGAAACCAAAGAGACCCAGUUUUUACCUACCCGUACUCAGUGUCAUGGGCCGACGGUACCGGAGUAAGUGGCAGCUAUGGUCUGACUUGCUCGCACAUCGACGAGAAGCAACGUGUGUUUGGACCGCCCAAGCAUAAUGUCUCGGCGUCCUACUUCAUCAAUCCUAUUGGUAUCCAUUCAAUGAUUCUUUCGGCGAGAGAGCUUGGCAAGGGAACCAAGUUGACCCUGGACAGCAUGACUGCGUCUUCGGUCCGUGCCCACCUGAGCUCAAGCAGCUCCUCAGAGCCUCUCAUUUCAUUCCCUCUUGUUCAGGGAAUGGCCUACAUUACGGCUGAGUACAAUGGUGCGACACCUCUUCUGCAGACUGGCGUGUUCUUCCGAGAUGUCAAGCGGUCCACUCAGAAGCCCAAGAAGAAUGUCACCAAAUAUAUUUUCAUUUUGGAGGAUGGGACGACAUGGCGCGUCUAUGGUUACAAGACCAAAGGCGACGACCUUGAUCUUGAAGUCACCAAUAAUGGUGUGGUCACGUCGACGAAGCUUUUCUACGGUGUUCUCCAAGUUGUGAAGGAAGCUACGAGCAGCUCGGAUGAGGAGAGCAAGCUUUUGGAUCAAGGUGCCGGCAUCUAUCCCGUGACCAUGAACCUAUCUGGAGGUGUGCAGGGUGCCUCUGGAAGCUACGAGUUCAACUUUGAGAAGGCUGGACAUCCCGAGGGAGAGCUUUUGAUGUUUGCGCUGCCCCAUCAUGUCCAAUCAUUUGACGCGGCGACCUCGGGUCAACUGGCCAAGGGCGUUUCACUCAUGACACCGACCAAGGGUAGAGCCACAUUGGUGCAGGGUACUAAAUGGACCAUGGUAGAGCCUUCGAUGCCUGUGAAGCUCGGAUUUGCGCCUUACGACGCCCAGAAGGGCAGCGUGAGCAAGCUCUCGAAGAGCGCAAAGUCGACUAUCAAGGCUGCCGCCUCCAAGGAAAUUCUGCAAGACAUGAUCGCGGCGUCUGACCUCAACUCAAUGUACUUUAGUGGCAAAGCCUUGGCCAAGUAUGCGUUUAUGCUCUAUGUCAUCAAUGACAUGCUUGGAGAGACGACGCUUGCACAGACUGGGCUGGGUCAGUUGAAGACAGCCUUUGCCAGAUUUGCCGACAACAAGCAAAAGCAUCCGUUGGUACACGAGACGGCUUGGGGAGGUGUUGUAUCUUCGGGCGCCUACACAACCGGACAGCCACUGGAGGAUUUUGGCAACACCUACUACAAUGAUCACCAUUUCCACUAUGGCUAUCACAUUCUGGCAGCUGCUGUGAUUGGUCAUUUGGACAAGACGUGGAUCGAUAAGAACAAGGACUACGUCAACAUGCUGGUGCGAGAUACCUCGAACCCGAGCCCCAAGGACACAAUCUUCCCUGAGUGGCGGUCCUUUGACUGGUAUCACGGACACAGCUGGGCCACUGGCCUCUAUGCCCAGCUGGAUGGCAAGAACCAGGAAUCGUCUUCGGAGGAUAUGAUGCAUUCAUAUGGUCUGAAGAUGUGGGGCAAGGUAUCUGGAAACGCGUAUCUGGAAGCUCGGGCGAACCUGCAACUGGCCAUCCUGACACGAAGCGUGCAAAACUACUAUUUGUAUGAAGAAGACAACACAGUGCAGCCGGCGGAAUUCAUUGGCAACAAGGUGGCAGGCAUCUUGUUUGAGAACAAGAUUGACCACACGACCUUUUUUGGCAAUAAUAUUGAAUACAUUCAGGGUAUUCACAUGCUUCCGAUCUUGCCAGUGACUACGGUGGCACGCACGCCCAAGUUUGUCAAGGAAGAGUGGGAAAUGUUCUUCAGCAACGGGCGUUUGGACGGGAUUGACAAUGGCUGGAAGUCCAUUCUGCUUGGUAACCUCGCGACGAUUGCGCCCAAGGAGGCGUUUGACGUGCUUAGCGGGAAGAAGUUUGACAGCAGGUGGCUGGAUGGCGGUGUCUCGCUGACCUGGCUGCUUGCGUACUCUGCCGCUCUUGGCGAACUGUAA